UUUAAGAACACUAACCAUAACGUCAACAGAUCAACUAUAUUUCAUUAAAAGAAAAUCCGGUUAUUGUUAAGAGAGUUCAUCACUUGUUCCUAAAAUUAUUGGGAAUUUGGUAUGGCUCUAGUUGAUUUGUUCUGCUUCCUCUUGUUUUGUCACCUUGUACUCAUUCUCUCCGCUGGUUAUGGAAAUGGGCACCAAGAUUGUCCACACUCCUUUACUUGUGGUAAUCUUGGAACUUUCCAUUACCCUUUCACCAAGGCAGAAAAACCUGACUGUGGCUUGCUAGCCAUACAUGAUUGUGAUAAUCCUCAUCAACACAGAAAAAUGAUCCAGCUCGAGAAAAAUGGAAAAGGCAUAGUGCUUACAGGCGUGGCUCAGCAGAAUGCGAUUUCAAUUUUGGAUGAAGAUUUUCACAAGCGUUUACAACAAAACCCUUGUGGCACUUUGAAGAAUAAUUAUAGUCUUCCUUCCCCUUUUUCUUCUUUGUAUUCUAUUCACAUAAAAUUCAAUGUAACACUGUUCAAAUGCAAACAAAGCCUCAAAAUGAAACCGCCAACACAUUAUUUUAAUCACCCGUGCCCUGAAUAUGAUUAUGAUAUAUAUUAUGACAGCCUUCCCACUCCUAAUAGUAAGGAGGCGCAUAGCCUUUUCUCAUCCUGCUCAGUUAUUCAGAUAUCAACAAAAGACUUGACUGAUACCAAUGACAUUCUGUCGUUUGUAUCUGCUGAGAUGGUUCUUCAAGUAGUAUUAUCUAAUGAUUGUGAUCAGUGCUAUAAUCACAGGGGAGGCCAAUGUCGGCUUGACGCCAAUAAAAAGUUCUACUGUAAAGAAGGACCAAAGAAUAAGAGUAGUAAAAGUUUGAAGCUGAUACUUGGACUUGUAACAGGUUUAAGUGUUAUAUUGUCAGCUAUUCUGAUCAUUGGAUACAUAGUAUUUAGACGGAAAUAUACUCCAUCACACCCCCAAUCCCAAUCAAGAAACACAUAUGUUGAUGUAAUUGGUCCGAGCUCAAAUCCUGAUCCAGAAAACGGCAGGUUCUACUUUGGAGUCCCUCUCUUCUCUUACAAGGAGCUUCAAAAAGCUACAUAUAAUUUCCACCACGCCAGACAACUUGGAAGUGGAGGCUUUGGAACAGUUUACUAUGGAAAACUGCAAGAUGGACGAGAAGUUGCUAUCAAGCGUCUAUAUGAGCACAACUACAGGCGAGUAGAACAGUUCAUGAACGAAGUUCAAAUCCUCACACGCUUGCGCCAUAAAAAUCUGGUGUCCCUCUAUGGCUGCACUUCAAGUCACAGCCGUGAACUACUCCUUGUGUAUGAGCAUGUUCCAAAUGGCACUGUUGCUUGCCACCUCCACGGUGAGUUAGCAAGGCGCGACACUCUUCCAUGGCACACAAGAAUGAAAAUUGCCAUAGAGACCGCAAGUGCACUGUCUUAUCUCCAUGCUUCUGACAUCAUCCACCGCGAUGUCAAGACCAAGAACAUUCUCCUUAACGAAAGUUUCAGUGUUAAGGUUGCGGACUUUGGUCUUUCAAGGUUGUUCCCUAACGAUGUUACGCAUGUUUCCACUGCUCCACUAGGAACCCCAGGUUACGUUGAUCCAGAAUAUCACCAAUGCUACCAGCUCACAAACAAGAGUGAUGUGUAUAGUUUUGGGGUUGUGCUUAUUGAGCUAUUAUCAUCUAUGCCAGCUAUUGAUAUGACAAGGCGUAGGGAUGAGAUUAACUUGUCAAAUCUAGCCAUAAAUAAGAUUCAGCAAAGUGCAUUUAGUGAGCUGGUUGAUCCUUGUCUUGGUUUUGAUUCAGAUAGUGAGGUAAAGAGGAUGAUGGUUUCGGUGGCAGAAUUAGCUUUUCAGUGUUUGCAACGGGACAAGGAAUUGAGACCCUCUAUGGACGAGGUUUUGAAGGUGCUGAUGAGAAUUGAAACUGGGAAGGAUAUGGGUGAGCAUCUAGAUGAUGAAGAAGAUUUACGUCCCCCUUCUCUACCUUCACCAGAUUGGGAUGAGAAUGGAUUAGUGAGAAAAAUGAUGGUUCAUCCUUCACCUAAAGCCGUCACUGAUACAUGGCACAGUGAGUCUACUACGCCUAAUGGCAGUGGGUAAUCUUGACACACUUUACGUUGCAAAUGAGUUUAUUGCUUUUGUUACAGUUUUUGUUGUAUUGGGAUUGACGGAAAUGUGGUUAAUUCAAUAUGUAAGCUUAACUAUUGGCAAUUUUUAUGUACAAAAAAAAAUGUAAAAAAAAUUAUUGGCAA